AAAAGUACUCUGCAACUGUGGAUGCCCUCAUGUUGUCAAUGUAGAAUUCAGUUUAGAGCCCAGAUAUUUGUUUUGUUAUGUUGUUUAACAUGCUUUCAUGAGGUCUUCAAUAUUCGAACUGGUUGUGCGAUUUUGUUGUUAAGAGGAAUUUUACGAAGAUGUGCUUGUCUGUUUGAUUAAAGAAAGAAUGUUACCCCCAUAAUUUGAGUGGGAUUAUUUACAAAAUACUUGAAUAAAAUAUGAAUUAAUCAGAUGCACCUCAACAGUUUGUGAUCUGGCCGGCUAGGUAGGUUGAACCCUUAGCCAAAAUUACCAGAGGGGGUGGCCAGGAAAAUUUCUUUUGAAACUCGCCCGCAUAUUUCUUCAUCUCCAAUCCAUUCAUCCAUCCAGUUUGUUACUGAUGGAACUGUUUGCCGCCUUUCCCUUCCAUGGUGGAGUACUAAGUAGUAAAAGCACUCAGUCAGUAUAUUUCCCAAUCAGAAAUUCAUGCACCCCUCAGUAAGUAUGGGCUAAUAUUUGCGUUCUGUUAGAGCAGCCGGGAGCUCUGCUGUUUCCUGAAUGUUCCAAAAAAUCAGUUUUUUUUUACUUUGUACAUGUUCCUUUAUUCUUUAUUAGGAUAUAAUAAAAGAUUGACAAAUGAAAUUGUGGCCAUGCUAAUAGAUCCUUGACUUUUUAACUGGAAAGUAUUCUACAACUGUGGAUGGCAUGCCCUCAUGUGUUAAUGUAAUAUUCAGUGUAGAGCCCAGAUAUUAAUCAUUCUGUUAUUUAACAGGCAUCCAUGAGGCCUUCAAUUUUUGAACUGGAAAGCUUGCGUGUUCAGGAUUUGUGCGAUUAUGCUGUUAAUGCACACCAUUCAUUCAGUAUAGGGCCCAGCAAUUCAUUUUGUUUAUCGUGCUUGAGACCUUUGUUUGCUUGAAUUAACCUUCUUAAAUCUUGCUGUUAAUCCGUCACUUUUCCUCGUGAUGCUGUUUCAGGAUUCUUGUCUGCCAUGGGUGACUACACAAUCCGGAUAAGCACCAGCUUGAUCGAGCAGCUCGCGCGCGAUGACGAGAAGCAGGUGAAAAGGAGGACCAGGAAACCCAGGCCGAAGAAGGUGGUGGAGCAACCAGAGGAGCCUCAGGACAAUGGCAGGGAAGUUCCAACUGAACCCAAGAGCAGCCCUGCUCCUGUUUUGCCUUUUCCGCCACCCAUGUACCUACCAGUGACCCCUGCUCCUCCACCACCGUCUCCUGCAAUCCAGGUGGUGGAAGCCAUACGCGCCGUGGUGGCGGAGAGCGAGAAGGUGCUGGAGAAGCUGCAGAAGAAGGAGGCGGCGAUGCGCGAGGAGCUUACCAAGAGGGCCAAGGAGCUGCAUGACAAGGAGUUCAAGCUGCCCUACCAGAACCCCUCGCCAUGCACCGACGAGAGGGCGGGCUGCGCCGAGUGCUACAGGAGCAACGUGCAGGACCCGCUCAAGUGCGCCGAGGCGGUCAAGAGGUUCGAGGCUUGCGUUCGCAUGGCGAGGCGGGGCGGUGCCACCAUGGGAGCUGCUCAGUAGUAGCUGAGUGAGCGAGGUGUCGUACACACGAUUUUGCUUCUGUCGGGAUUGAUUGAUCGAAUAACCUGAAUGGAUUUUUGGUGAGACCUGAAACACCAUCAGUUGUAGAUUAAUUCUGGUAACGGAUUGCUACUGGUGUUGGCAACAAGAGGCCAUGAGUGUCCUUGAAUUUGGGGCGUGGCUCCAUGUGUUUACUUGCAUACUACAAAAUGAAACAUGAAUUUGCAGGGUUCAAAAUUAAUGUUUACUACA